AUGGAAAUAUUCUCCGAAGGUGACGGAGACGUCUUGCUUGUAUGGAUUGUAGUUGAAGAAGAGACGUCCGGCGUAUCGGGCGAAGGCGAUGAUGGUCCUGGAGAAGGCGUCGUUGUUGACGAAAUAGCCGUUCCAUCACCGAGGUAUGCUCGAGAGGAGUCUGCUGCUGCAGAGGAUGGUGCAUGGGUCUUUGCUGGUGAUGUCAAAGGACUCGUAAAUGAACUGUGCGGCAUGGUGAUUACAACUGGUAAUGAGAACGACGAAGAAGAAACAGGAGUGGAGCUUGAAUGGGAUGAAGUCGAAGUUGUUGAAUCAGCCUGGCCGUUCACGGCCGAAGAGGCCGCGCCUCUCGAGGUACUUGGGGUAACAGCAGAGGUUGAAGUGGCGGGCCCCAGAGAUGUAGUUGGCUCUGGAGAUGUAUUUGGCACUGGGGAAGUAGUUGACUCUGCAGAGGCAGUCCAAGUCGACAGCCAUGUCGGAGUUAAAGGAGUAAUAGUCAGGAUUCCCUCAUCCUGGCUUGUAGAAGCACUUCCCACCUCUGAGGAACCAAGAGAUCCCUCUGAGGAGCCAGCAAUAUUGUCAGGCACAGCGGAUCGGGCGAUAGGGCCCGCAGAGCAGGUGCAUGCGAGCCCAAGCAACGCCGCAAAAUGGGCGAGGAGCAUUCUGAGAAUCUCAGACUGGUGCUUGAGGUCUUUGGAUCAAAGCGAGUGA